AUUUAUCUGUCUAUCUAUGUACUACAUACGUACUGAAUUAUUACUGCUGUCACAUUUUUUCAUAUGUUUUAUUUUUAGUGAAAAAUUCUGAUACUUAUAGUUAAAUGUAAAUUACUUCAAUGCACUUUUAGUAUAAAAAUCAGUAUAUUGGUGACAUCAAUCCCUCUGGCUUAUGAAGUAUGUGGUACAUUUUAUCGAAAUGCCGAGGGAUAUAUUAAGUGAUAGUCUAGCUGUACUGAGAAUUGUAGAGCAUGAAGACGAAGAUAAAUGGCCUCUAGAAGAUAAGCCACCUUGUAAGCAAAAUAAUAAAAAACUUGUAAAUGUUCCUCUAAAUAGCCAACAACCUUAUACUAAAGAUGAUUGUGCUUGUUAUUAUAAUUAUGGUCAUGGUGAAGGUGUGGCAAAUAGACAACUCGACCCAAUAUAUCAGUAUAAGACUAGCAGCUUGCCUGCAGCUUCUUCAAUUAAUCAAUCAUGGGAUGAGAUAGUUAGCUCAGCCUUACGGUUGACUCCUGAAGACAUUGCAAAUCAACUCACACUACUUGAUUUACCGUGUUUCAAAUCUAUUCAACCUGAUGAGCUCACAACUUGUGGCUGGAAUAAACUGAACAAACUAAUAGAGUCACCCAAUGUUGUAGCAUUUACAAAAAGAUUCAACAGGGUGAGUUUUUGGACUGUACAGGAAAUAUUAAAUGGCCAAUCACCUAAGGUGAGGGCAGAAACACUAGCACAUUUUAUAAAGGUAGCAAAAAAGCUACAUGAUCUUAACAAUUUGCAUUCUCUGUUUGCUGUUAUCUCAGCCUUGAAUAGUGCUAGUAUUUACCGACUCACAAAAACAUGGGCUUGCUUAUCUAAAAAGGAUAAACAACAGUUCGACAAGCUCGCAGAAUUAUUUGCCGAAAAGGAUAAUUGGACGGCAUUGAGGGAAUAUUUAAAAUCAAUAUCAUUGCCUUGCAUACCUUAUCUUGGUAUUUUUUUGACUGAUCUAGUCUAUAUAUCUAUUGCACAUCCUGUCGGAUCUCCUCAUCGGGUUGCUAAAAUGGCUGUAGUACUGAAAGCUCUAGAAAGAUAUCAGUCAUCUGAGUAUGACAUCACACCUUUACCACAAGUAGCCAAUUAUUUAAAUAGUGUUCGAUACAUAGAAGAACUACAGAAGUUUCUCGAAGAUGAUCAAUACAAAUUGUCACUAAAACUUGAGCCGCCGUCGCCUAUUGGUAGUUGUUCUGGAUCAAAAGAAUCUGUGAAGGAAAUCCUACCACCGGGCACGUCAACACCUUAUACUCUUUCUCCAUCUCAUCGGCUCGGAUCUGGGUCUUUACGGCUCCAAGGAUCCUACAAUCAAUCCAAGUUUAUACCUACACAUCGAAAAUGUCGUUCUCUUGGAUCCAAGUUUCGUAGUGCGAGCUUGCCGAGAAAUUUUCACAAGGUCAAUUUUGGUGUGGGUAUCUUCGGCAAAAGUUACACCGAUGAGAAAAUGGAUGAGAAAACACCGGCUGGUUCAGUCAAUUUGUUAGACGAUACGCUGCUGGAGUCACCAGGUUCAGUGGCCGGGGAUAAAGUUUCCCAUAUUUUACCUCAUAGUGAUAUCUCAAAAACAGAAGGAGUGGAGUGUGAUUACCAGGGAUUUGUCAGAAGAAAAACCAUCUUGAAGGAUAGACGGAAGAUAUCUCUAUCGUCGUGGCAAAGAUAUUGGUUACAGAUAUCUGGCAAUAUCCUAGUAUUUUACGCUGCUAAGUCAUUUAAAGGGACAAGUCGAAGUGAUUUUCGUGCGGAACGAUGCAAAGUCCUCUCUUUAGACGGCUGGAUGGCCAGUUGGGUCGAAGGUGAUGCUUCAGAUGCUUUCCAACUAGUAAACCAUCAUGCCGGCACUUUAUACAAGUUCAAGACUGGAUCUGAAUCGUCAGCCAAGCAGUGGGUAUCAAAGAUUGAAGAAGUGACAAACAAAAUAGUUCAACCUCUACCCGCCAAUCUCAUGUCAUUCGAAUAAUUUGUAUUUUACAUUUACGCAAAAUACAUUUUUAUAAAGUAAUUUGAUACUCCAUGUCUCGAACAACACAUUUACAACGGUUUUUAAAAUUAGUAUUUAAGAUAAGAAACUGCUUACUUAUAUAUAUAUUUUGGUAUAGUCUAUCCACCGAUAUAUUCUGGUUAUGAUUAUUUUUUUCAUUAGUUGUUCUGUUAUAGAAUGCCUGUCAUUACAGACUUCAAAUUAAGACAUAAUAAGAAAGAUCAAAGAUACAAAGAAAAUACUUAUACAACAUUAGAUAUAAAGUAGGUAAACUAAAGAAUACUAUUGAUAAUGAUAUUAAUUUUUACAUAAUUUGACUAUAUUCCUAUUUAAAACCAUGACAAAUCAAAGAAUUGAUGAAUGAAAAUAAUACACAGAAUACAAUGCGAUUACAAUAUUUUAUUAAAAACUAAAAAAAACAUUUAAAUAGAUCUUCUGUAUUCUUAUUACCGACACAGAUAAUAUACAUAAUGCUGUUCUAGUAAAUAUUUCCGUGAAUGAUAGAUAAACUACAUGAUUGAUUUUAAAACCAAAUGCCAUAUUAAUGUUAACUAAUAACCAUAAUCAAAACAAUCAAUCGUCAAUCGGAUCGUUUUGAUUAUUGUAUGAUGUAAUGACAUCGGACAAAAGUCGAUGUUGAAACGAAUAUUUUUUUUUUAUAAAAAAAGGGAAUUAAUCGCAAUAACUAUUGUAGAUUAAUUUACCAUUUUACUCAAAAAUUUCCAUCGUAAUGAUAUUAACAAUAUUUUAUUUUUCACAACAUCGAUGUUUAAAAUGAAUACGUUAUCUGUAUUUUCACGUGUCUAUAACUGAAUCUCAGAGCGAACAAUGUGAAAUGCACUACCUAUCUCAUUAAUUGACUAGAACCAAGCCAAAAAGCUAGCUAUAGCUUAAACAACAUUUGUGGUUGUGCCUGUUUCUUGUAAUGCUUAAACUAGUUAACCGAAAUAAAAUAUUUAUAAUUAAUAAACACAUCGAUUCUUUAAAAAAAAAAUAAAGAAAGCGACGAAAGAUUUGCCUUAGAAUAUUGCUAUUAUUAUAAGUAAUUUUAAGUUUGCAAUAGCAUAAUAUAAAUGUAAUUUAAGAACAAUUUAAUAUCCUUAUAAGUAUAUGUAAUUUUUUGUCUAUAUUUCCUUUAAUAGAGAAUAAGGUUUUAUAUAUUAUACUCUUACUGAGAAACUGACCUAACAAAAUUGACAACAUCCUAGUUUAAAACAAACAUCCUCUUUCGACUAUAUAAUACGUUAUUAAAUAGGAGUGCAUUUUCUUAGUUUAUGAAAUCUACUUGUUUUUAGGGCGGUGUUUCACUUAAUAUCUUUUGCCAAUAUUAAAGUUGAGGUUUUCGGUUAUGUCAGUUUUUUUUUGUAUUAUGAACGCGACAUGGAUGGUUUCGAUCAAGGUAUUGCAGGUAAUAGACUCAUAAAAUAUAGGCAAUUGAAACAAAAAAGUUGUAACAUAAAAUCAGCUGAUGGUGUUUAGGUGUUUCCUUGACAAUUAAAUCACAAAUAUUCUUCUGUAAUACUUAUUGUCUGCUAAUAAGCUAAUAAGGUUUUUUUUAUUUAAAAUUUUUCAAUAUUUUCUGUACGUGUAAAAAUGUUCUGGACGCUUUUUAAAUAUAAAUAAUUCGACUGUGGUAUAAAUGAGCUAUAAAUUAUGAACGAUUAGUAGGUAUGACGUAUGUUAAUGCCGGAUUAAAUAUUCAACUUGUAUCUACAAAAUUGGUCGCCAGGUCAAAUUAAUAGUAACGACUAGUAGAUAGGUGGAAAAUUAUAAAAAAAAAGCGUUUUUGAAUCAUAUCAAAAUUACUGAAUAGGUAAUAAAUAAUACCAUAUUGAAUAAUAAUAAACACGAAUAAAUAAUAUAAUAUAUAGGAGAUAAACGAUGGUACGAGAAAAAAUAUGUAAGAAUAGUAUAAAAUACAGGAAAAAUGUCGGCAUGUAAGCUUAAGCUUCGGUAGAGGAAAUGCGGCGGAAGAGAACAGUAAACAUGAAACAUACAGGAAUGUGUAGUUUAUUUUGAAUAUUUGGUCGGGUGUAUUUCAUACCGCCUACUAGCAAGACUUCUACUUUGUUUCAUAUGAACGCAAAAUUUUUUCCAUACGAAAGCAAUUGCAAUUACGACUACGAUUGAAUUUUGCUAUUUCAACAUACACAAUAGUUCAUAACACCCGAGAUAUAUACGCUUGUAGGUCAGGUAAAUUUGUUGAUCAUUUUUGUUUAUUUUCAAUUAUUCUAUUAUUUAGGAAAAAAAUCUAUAUUUAAUAUUAAAUGAUUUCUAACUAUUACUGAUUACAUUGAGUAUUUAUUAAUUAAUGAAUACAAUAUCAAAAAGAAUAUCUUGGAUUUGAUUAUUAAAAUUUAACUUUUAAUUUAUUACCUAGUCGACAUCGAUUAUUUAUACAAUUAACAUAAUUGUGUAUGGGAAAUUAUUAAUUAUUUGACAGACGUUCUGUCCAAAAUAUCGAAUAAUCUACCUUUAUUUAAUCGGCUUAUUAUGAAUAUUAAAAAAAUCUAAAUCUGUUCACGAGUCAUGUGCUUACGUACUUGCGUAAGUACAGCAUUUAAUUUUUAUAUAUAAAAGAUAUCACGGACACUUCUCCUUAUUAGGAAUGUCACUAAAUGUAUUACGAGUUGCUAUUUGGUUGUUUGCUGUAGGGUGAAAAGUAUAAAAAUAAGUGAUAGUAUUAACUUAUUAGAUAUUGUGUUUAUGUACCUAUAUAAUGACAAUUACGCGAUUUUUUGAUAUUUUGAGUGCGUAUGAGUAAUGUUUAAAAGAAUGCUAAUGGAAUGGUAACCCCGCCUGCGCUAUCUGUUUACAAUGGCUGGGCAUACGUGAGGGAGGAUAGAUGAGAAUGAAGGUAGGUCAGUUAAUCAUUAUAAAUUCAUCAGGCAUUAACCAUAACGAUUUCAUGGUGUAUUUCCGCGUGGAGGUUCUACCUGACAGGGUACAUUGUUAGCAACUGCUAGUCUCCGUUGCUAUCUCUCCUCUCUUGCACAAAAUUGAUUAGAUAAUUACUAGAUAUCACAAGUAGUUCUUAGAUGAUGGAACAGCAGUCUCUGUGUUUAUAUCUGUAUUGUGAAGCUGUAAUACAGAAACGCUUCUUUUGUGUUUAGCAAAUCAAUUAAUUUUGAUUGAUUUUUUUCGUAUAGGUAUAAUAGCGUCUUUAGUCAUUCUCGUAUAUUAUUGAUAUGAUAUUACGAUUAAUAUAAAUUAUAGGUGGAAACUAUUUUGGCACGCAAUCGCUAUACGUCAAUAAAUUGGAAAUGGACGGGAAGCUUCUACAGUUAACGUUGAAUUGUUAAUUAAAUAUUAUUACUAGCAGGCAACCCGAUCACGUAAACGUCCGUUUCAGUAGGAAUUCCCAGAAAUCCUUUCAUAAUACGUGCAUGCGUAACAUGUUGAGCUUUUGUUCAAAAUUUUACGUUUAAGUUAAUAUUAUUUAGUGAGUGUUGUUACGAUUACGGAUCAGGUGAAAAUAAAGUUAUUAAAUUUGUGGUCUGUUUUGAUAAUUAAAAUUGAAAUGAAAACUUUGAAUUUUACCUAAAUAACACAUUGCUUAUUUUUAAAAAAAUUAUGAAAAAAGGGAUCGAACGGCAUUAAAAAAAGGUGUGUAUAUAUUGCUUACUUUCUUGGUAUUAUUUUUCUAAUAUAUAUGAAUGUAGGUAAAAAAGUACGGUUUUUUUUUUUCAUUUUUCAUAAAAAGUUCUACAAUUGGAUAUCUAUAUGACAGUAACCGCUCUUGCUGCCCCAUUUAGUAAAUUCAUCCCUAUAUAUCGCGAAUGACAUCAAUUCCAACUUGAAUAUUUUUAAGUAAUAAAAAAAAGCUUAUCUACUGACUGAUUGACAUAUCAUUGCAUAGCCAAAUUAAGACUGAGAAGGCUUGGAGGUUUCUCAUGUGAAAUACCUAAGUAAUUCCCAUUGGAACGGGUUCUAAGUGCGAUGAAUCCCAUUAAUGGGCUAAUAGCCUAUAAUGUAUUAUAUAAAGGUAUACGACGGUUAUGUGAAUGGAGCAUUUAACAUGUUUGUAUUUUUUUUUUUUGAUUCUAUGAAUAUACAUAGUAAACAGUUAUGAUACGUCUUUUUAUCGAAAUAAUAUAUGUAAAGAGAACUAAUAAUAAAAAUGUUUAUGUAUUAAUUAUGUCUUAUUGUGUAUUAUAAUUUUUCUCUAUCUUAUUUUUAAACGAUUAAUUGCUAAAUUGCAAUAAAGGACUUGCCAAGAUUGUUAACUAAAAGCUAAGUAUAAAAAAUAGUAGUACGUGACUUGUGUUUGUAGAUCUCACAAUAAUUUUUUUUGUAUAUUUUUAAUUUUGACAAUGGCCUGGUGCUACGUAAUUUAGAUAUUUUAUGUAUAUUAUGACUACGAUAGAUGAUAAUAUAUAUAGCAAUGGUUUUAUAUUCUUUGACAUAUAAAUGAAAAGAUCGUUUUUGUGCUAGUUUUAUAUUAUACGAACAAAUCUCAUUUAAAUCUACUUCACAUUGGUUUGUUACUUGUUCAUAUUACAAAGUACAUAGUAGGUAGGUCUAUUCAAUUAGGCUGCUGUAUUGAAAAAAAAAAAUAAACUUCUAAUUUACGAUCAUAAUAUACUUAUUGCAAUUUCAGCUAGUACAUAGUUGAGAGUUGUCGAUUGUUAGUGUUGGAGUUAGUGUAACAUUCAAUGUGCUGUGUGUUAUCAGUGUUCACCAUCACAGGAAAGUUUGAUGAAAAUUCUUUAGUUGCAAUUUAUGCACGAUCGAACUUACGAACUAGUUUUCGUUAGUAGAUUUUAAGUCAAUAGGGCUUGCGUGGACGAGAGACGUUUGUUAACCAAGGAUAGCGUUUCCGGUUAUGUACACGAUGAUACCUGCCACGGCGAUUACAAUGCAAUUCAAUUGGCAUAAAAGUAGGCGAGGGUCAAUUUGGGGUCGUUAGGUCCAUGACAACUUUUUCGUGAAUGGUGGGAAUUAUUAUUUUAUUCCACGUUAACCGCAAGUUGGUGCUACCAUCUAGCAGUUAAAAUUGUUUACUUCCGUGAGAUUAUUGGAUUUAAAUUUUCACAAUCUUGUAUGUAAAUUUUCAUGAUAACUUUCAUGCUAAGCUUAAGCCUUGAGAGUUAAAAACGUACAAAUGCUCAUAGUUAGUCAUAGAGUUUCAUAAUGACCAUUUGGGUAAUGAAAAAUUGUUUAUUUUUGAGACUUAUUCAACUUUUAUAUUAUUAAUUGGACAUCAGGAAUUUAAUAGUCAGCUUACAUUUCUGUUAUCCAGUUAGCAACCGUUGCAGUAUAAAUAUAUCAUUUAUAAUACCUAUUGUAAACUUCGACAGCAAUUAAUGUUUAUGUUUAUAGGUUAUAUUAUGUGGACUGUAAAUAUGAUUAUUGUAGUUCUAUACAUUAUGUAUUUUUAGAAUUUAUUUAGUUGAAUAGGUGUCUAUUAUUUUUUUGUCUAGUGUUGAGAUGCGAAUAUUGUUUAUUUUAGUUUUUUGACGUAAUAAUGUGUUUAUUUCGUAGACAAAAGAAGAGUUCUAAGUAAAUUUAUAAUUUAUUAAAACUACACAUGAUUCAUAUAAGGGUAAUUGUUAGGGUUUAAAAAGGGAUAAGGCAGUGAUGAGUUAAUGAAACUGAAGAACUUUUCCUGACAGGUUUAUUCAAAAUAUAAAUAUAAUUUUGAAUUUUUCAUAUAAAACGAGAUUUGUGUGAAAGGUUGAAUUCUAUUUUUCGGGAGAAGUUCAAUGUCAUGAAUGAAAUGGCUUGUUAUAUUCUUUCGAUUCACAUUGCAUAUUAUACAUUUGUUCACAUCACAUUUUAUUAUUAUAGUUAUAAGUGUACCGUGCCAUUUAUUUAGAAUUAUUUGUCACAAAAUAAAAGUUACCCAUUUAUUUAUUAUUUAAUAUAUUAGAAACAAAAAUUUAAGUAUUACUCCUGAUUUUUAAUACUAAUAACGUACAUACUCAUCUAAUGUAACAAUGUUACAUUACGUGUUUUUACACUGUAAUGAUAAAGCAUUUGCAAAUGUCAUAUUCAUUUCUGACCCCUGUGUAUUACAUAUGAAUAUUCUAAUUAAUACCUGCCCUUACAUGUUUCCUAUGCAGUCCCGAUAAAAAUAAAGUGUGGAUGUAAUAAAAUAAUAUGUAAAGAACAGAUAAAUCUGAAAUAUUUGUUUGCACGAUAAAUAAACCUUUGAAACAAUUUAUUUUCAGAAGUUUAUUUUUAUUUAAAUGGAUUGCAUACAAUUUAUUUCUUUUUGUAAUAGACUGUGUACACAAUUUUAUACACUUUAUUUGUUAUAUUUUGUAAACAAUUUUGGUAAGUUUUUUAUCAAAAUAAUAGCGUAUAAAAUGAAAAGAGCUUUAAAAUAUGUUUUUUGUUACAUAAUUAUGUAUUGCGGUUGAUAAUUCUUUAUUUUCUUUUAAAAUUACGAUAAGAAAUUAUACCGAGAUUGUUUACUAAAUCAGCCAAAUAAAAAUAAACUAAUGAAUAUGUUAAUCAAUCGACUGUAAAUUAGACUUCAUUAGUUAUAAUAUUCUAUAUCAAGUAUUUGAUAAAUAAAGUAUUACUAAACUGGACAGAUCACAACGAUAAUUUGUUAUUAGUAAGGGCCUCUUUAAUCUCAGAUUUUUCUGAGAUUUUAAUACUCUAAUUUCAAUACAAUUUCUUAUUAGCAGGAAUAUAAUUCUUAUAUUUUAUCUGGUGCUAGUAGUAUUUAUUUAUCCUUUGGUGGUUAGGAAUGAAGUAUGGCUUAGAUAUGGCCAAAAGAAAUUGUUGACGCGAUACAAUUGUAUCGAAGAGUGAAUAUAUCUCGAAUAAGGUUGUUUGAUAAACUUUACACAAGUUUAACUAAAUCAUUUAUAUGAAAACAAUUGUCGAUAUUUUUGUGGGUAAUAAUAGUAAUGGUGUUUAAAAAUGUACACACCCAUUAAAUUGGUAAUGGAUUAUGCUCUAUAUUAUGGGAUAUUAUAUAAGAUAAUAAGUAAUAAAUUGAUAUAAAAACAAUACGUCCCGUGUUCUAUUUUCGUAUUGUAAUUGUGGUACAGGUUACAUAUAAGUUAAUUUAUUAUUAAAAUUUAGUUUUCAGUAGUCAUAUAGUAGGUACUUUUUUAAACACCAAUUAAGUAUUUAUAUCAGAAGGAAUGAUUAGAAUUAUGACAUUAAGUAUCAGCUGACUAUAAUUGCAAUUAGAACUACAUUUGUUUGUAUUGUAUCAUGUAUUUGUAUAGAAUAUAUACUUGCAUGAAUUUCUUGCAUAAUGUACAUAUUAUUGAAUAAAUUACCACCUGGUUGCUUAAUAUGGAUUAAUAGGGUGUUCGCAAUGUGAUAAACAAUCAUCCGACGAUAGAGAAUCUAAAUUUAUACAUACAUCGCGGUGAUUGUUAAGAAUGCUGAAUACUGAAAUGUAUUUGAGUAGUUAGCUAGUUUAUAUCUAUGUUAAUUAGCUUAGGUCAUAUAAAAUAAAAAUUUAGAAAAAGUAGAUUAUGCUCAUGACUGCACUUAUAAUUGGCAUUUUGAUGACUGAUGAUCUUGUUCUAAAUGUAACACUUAAUUUAUCUCAAUUUAGCUGAGAAUAUAUGAAUCAAAUGUGAUAGUGGUGAAACUAUAAACGUCUCUUUGAUUCAUUAGCUUUGUUGACGGUAUCAUCAGCAUGUAGAGUCAAUUGAUAAAGUUUUACAUUGUAUAAAAUUGAAUACAGCAUGCUGCUGUUGUAUUCGGUCAGUCUGCGUAGAUACUGCAGUAAAAAAUGUAGAUACACUGAAAAUGUUGCGACAAAAAACCUUAUAUCAUCACAUAUAUUCAUCACAUGUUAAUUGAAAUUAAGAAAGUAAAGAAAGAUUGAUUUAUUUAAGAACUGACACGACUUACAUACGCAGUAAAAACGAGCAAAAAAUGAAAGUUUACAAUAUAAAGACUAACAUAAUUAAUUACUUUCAUUGUCAGUACUUAAAUAAAUAAUUAUGUUAAGUGUUUGUACAAUUAUUAUUUAAAAAUAUUUUCUACAACAAACACACAGGUUAGUACCUGUGUGUUUGUGUCAUUGUGAAUGUGAAGCAUUGUUAUUUAUUAAAAUUAUUUAGUCCUGGUACAAUUAAUUUCUAUUAUUUCAUUGUGACAACAAUUCUGACACGAUAUUGACCAGCAUCAACAGCAGUAGAGUACCAGGAAUUAAAACUUUACGAAUUUAUUUUCACCACAGAACAUAAAUAGGUUUUUUAAUUUAUAUGUGUGUAAAUGAUCUAAAUAUUAGCAUAUUCAACAUGUCUGUAUUGUAUGUGCGAAUACUUAUACAAUUUGCUAUAAAAAUGUCUUAAAGAUUAGUAGCUUUCCAUGAAAACGUAUGAGUAAUUAUUAAAUAAAACCUUGCCAUUUGAAAAAAUAUCAUGUAUAUAAAAUAUAGUAUAAAUAGGUAUACCUAUAAUUAUGUUAAUCUCUCAUAUGAUUUACUGUAACCAAAGCUAAGUAUUAUAGUGAUUGUAAAUUUAAGUAUGUACUAAUUAUACCUAUGGUGAGGCUAUGAUAUUCGACUGAUUUUAUAUUUUUAAAUUGUCCUUUAAAAGUCAAAAUUAAACUGCAAUAAUUUUUUAUUGAUCCAUAUAUAAGUCACCAUAAUUGUAAUAUUUUAUAUUGAUAUUUACGAUAAUUUCCUUUCAGUAAUAGGUGCAUUUUGUAUUAUGGCAUAAUUUGCACUGAUGUUUUAAUUAGGUCGAGGCCCGGACUCUCUUAAUUAAUAUGUAUAAUUAUAUGCUUGGACAAUAUAUUCGUCAUCUAUUAUUCAUAUUUAUGGCACACUGUGCUCUCGUGUUCAAAUAAAAAUCUUAUAAAU